AAUGGGAUCCUUGCUCCAUACAUGAGCCCAGAAAUAUCCAUGACCUUGUCAGCUGAUUAUGUAACCACCCCUCUCUCUCUCUCUCUCUCUCUCACUGCUAUUGAUCAACACGUGUGUAUGAAUAUAUAUAUGGUGAUGUAGAGAAACCUAAUAACCCAUUUCAAUUGUCCAGUUUUGGAGCGAAUUGCAAGUAUAGAUACAAAACCAUAUAGAGGAUCAGAAGAGAGAGAAGGCAAUAAUGUUGGUGAUAGGAGUGAGUGUGCAGUGCUUAAUGGACCUAGUAGUAGCAGGGGUUUCUCUGGUAAUUGGGUUGGGGAUCUUCGCUUUCAUUGCUUCAAUCCUCUGCUCUGUUGCUUUCUUGCACAACGCCAAGGACGUCUCUUAAACCCAAGAGAAAAACCCUUCUUUGCUGGAUCAAAAUGGGAUAGCACAGUUGUCUCUCUUUUAAUAUCUGGAAGCUUUUGGGAAAUGCGUUCCAUUUUGAGGUUUUCAAUUGAAUAAUAAAUGGGAGCAUGUGUUCUACUUUGUGGUGCAUCCUUGUAGAUCCUCACACUGCUUUGACCAUGAGUUCGACACUUUUUCAUUUGUUACUGGGCACGGUAGGUGAGCAGCAUAGCAUGAAGUUCGGUGAACACUUGCCAAUGUGACUGAUUGUAUUGUUCAGUUCUUAUGAAAAGAGAGGUAUGUAUGUUUGUUGUAACUUGUAAGGCAAGCAGUGCUUUCAUAUGUGACUCUUUUUAAGCGGACUGCGUUACCAUUUUGAGCUGAGACUCUCCACUAUUUACAUGUAGUGUGUGUGUAGGAAUUUUACCAGAAAGUGAUGAUAAAAAAUUUCAAGAGAGGCCUUAAUUCAGAUUUGCAUUUCUUUCCUUCA